UAAAAUGCACACUGAAGUGGAUUAUAUGGUAGUGUGGAGUCAAGAUAAUCCAGUGCAAAGCAGAUAAUAUAAGAUUAUAACUGGGUUAUAUAGCUGUGUGGAAGGGCCUUGAGUCUACACUGCCAUAUAAUCCAGUGCAAAUUAGAUAAUCUGUGGAAGAGACCUAAGUGAGGCCUAAAUCUGCCUGUCCCCUAACUGAACCCUGGCUGUGCUUGGCUGAAUUGGUUGCUAGGAGACGAAGUGGGCAGAGAUUAGCCCUCUAAACUGGCAGCAAUUGGAUAAAAACCAAUUAUUGCUCUCCCUCUAAUUAGGACUUAAUUUUUCUUUCUUUUUUUUGUUGUUGUAUCUUACUGGAGCCGUGGAUGAUGGGUUGUGUUGUCAAAUUUCGAGGUUGGGCGGCCUGUAGUUUUGUUGUGUUGUGGGUUGCCCUGAUGCCAUCACUCUUUUAUAUAUAUAGAUUUAUUUACAAGCUUUGGGGCAUGCAUUUGCACAAGGAAGAAAUGCAAGCAAAGCCCUCCUAAAAACAACUUUGGCCUCUUUUCUCCUGCCCUUUCCCACCUCUUUUAUUUAUCCCCUUUCAAACUCUAAAAGUAGCCAGAAAAGGCUUUUUAAAACUUCCCUUCCUCUCCCAAAAAACCCACCCCAUUUUUGUUUCCUUAGGAAUAAAAAGAAAUACACACCUUCUGUUGCUCUUGUUUCCCUCCUUCCCUCCCUAUUGACUCAAACAUUCUUGCAAUAAUAGUAAUAAAAAUAAUAAAUCCUGCAAAUUUGCAAGAGUCUCUCUUUUUCUUCCCCUUGCACCCAUGCAAUCUUUUUCUUCUUCCUGGCUUGCAAGAGGCUCUCACUCACUCUUCUUUUGCUUUUGAAAACAUUCUCUUCUUGUCUCUCUCUCUCUUAAAAAAUAAGAUCACUCCAGCCUGGGAGGAGAAGCGGAGAAGGGAGGUUUUGGAAAGGAAAACAUACUGUAGUCUCCAGGCUCCACUGCCUGGCUUGACCUUGACCCGAUUAUAAGCCGGGGGAGGCUUUUUCAGCUCAUAAAUAAGGACUGAAAAACUCGGCUCAUCUUCGAGUAUAUAUGGACAUGAGAGUUCUCUGGAGCCACCCCUGCCGUGAUGGGAAACGAACCAGCUUCUAGUCGAUAUUAAGGCAUUUGGAAACCAAAGUGCAGUAAGGAAACCAGUCCUCUAGGAAAAAGGAUUCCUCUCAAGGGGCUGAUCCUGCUGAAUUCCUACAUUCACUUUGGAUUAUAGAGUAGAACCAUAGAGUCGGAAGAGACUGCAUGAGGCACCCAGUCCAGGCCUCUGCCGUGCAGGAAAAGCGCAAAGUACCCCUGACAGAUGAGCAUCUAGCCUCUGUUUAAAGGAGGAGCCUCCACUGCAUUUUGAGGCAGAGAGUUCCACCGCUGAACAGCUCUUACAGUCAGGAAGUUCUUCUUAAUGUUCAGAUGGAAUCUACUUUCCUGUAAUUUGAACCCACUGCUGUGAGUAAUCAGAAAGGGAAAAACAAGAAUCAAGCAUCAAUAUUGGAAUUAAAUGUACAUAACACUGCUGACAUGGAGAAGAAAGCAUAUAAAUGUAUUGACUGUGGAAAGAGCUUUAGUUAUAGUUCAACUCUACAAACACAUCAAAGGACUCACACUGGGGAGAAACCCUUCACAUGCCUGGAGUGUGGCCAGAGCUUCACUCAUAGUUCAUAUCUACGUAAACAUCACAGGAUUCACAUUGGGGAAAAACCCUAUAAAUGCCUUGAGUGUGGACAGAGUUUUACUCGGAAGGGAAGCUUACAAACACAUCAAAGAACUCACACUGGUGAGAAACCCUAUAAAUGCCUGGAGUGUGGACAGAGCUUCACUUGUAGUUCAGGCCUACAUUCACAUCAAAGGACUCACACUGGGGAGAAACCCUAUAAAUGCCUGGAGUGUGAACAGAGCUUCACUCAGAGUUCAGCUCUACGUAGACAUCAAAGGACUCACACUGGGGAGAAACCCUAUAAAUGCCUAGAGUGUGAACAGAGCUUCACUCGGAGUUCAGCUCUACGUAUACAUCAAUGGACUCACACUGGGGAGAAACCCUUUAAAUGCCUGGAGUGUGAACAGAGCUUCACUCGGAGUUCAGAUCUACAUUCACAUCAAAGGACUCACACUGGGGAGAAACCCUUUAAAUGCCUGGAGUGUGGACAGAGCUUCUCUCAGAGUUCAGGCCUACGUUCACAUCAAAGGACUCACACUGGGGAGAAACCCUAUAAAUGCCUAGAGUGUGAACAGAGCUUCACUCAUAGUUCAGGCCUACGUAGACAUCAAAGGACUCACACUGGGGAGAAACCCUUUAAAUGCCUGGAGUGUGAACAGAGCUUCACUCAGAGUUCAGAUCUACAUUCACAUCAAAGGACUCACACUGGGGAGAAACCCUUUAAAUGCCUGGAGUGUGAACAGAGCUUCACUCGGAGUUCAGGCCUACGUUCACAUCAAAGGACUCACACUGGGGAGAAACCCUAUAAAUGCCUGGAGUGUGAACAGAGCUUCACUGAUUGUUCAGGCUUACGUAGACAUCAAAGCAUUCACACUGGGGAGAAACCCUAUACAUGCCUGGAGUGUGGACAGAGCUUCACUCUUAGUUCAGGCCUACGUUCACAUCAAAGGAUUCACACUGGGGAGAAACCCUAUAACUGCCUGGAGUGUGGACAGAGCUUCACUCGUAGUUCAGGCCUACGUUCCCAUCAAAGGACUCACACUGGGGAGAAACAAUAUAAAUGCUUGGAGUGUGGACAGAGCUUCACUCAUAGUUCAGCUCUACGUAGACAUCAAAGGACUCACACUGGGGAGAAACCCUAUAAAUGCCUGGAGUGUGGACAGAGCUUUGCUCAGAGUGGAACUUUACGUUCACAUCAAAGGACUCACACUGGGGAGAAACCCUAUACAUGCCUUGAGUGUGGACAGAGCUUCACUCAUAGUUCAAAUCUACACUCACAUCGAAGGACUCACACUGGGGAGAAACCAUAGAAAUGCAUGGAGUGUGGACAGAGCUUUUCACGGAAUAAGGUAAUACAGUACAGUCUCACUAAUCCAAGAUAAACGGGCCGGCAGAAGCUUGGAUAAGCGAAUAUCUUGGAUAAUAAGGAGGGAUUAAGGAAAAGCCCAUUAAACAUCAAAUUAGGUUAGGAUUUUACAAAUUAAGCACCAAAACAUUAUGUUAUACAACAAGUUUGACAGAAAAAGUAGUUCAGUACAUAGUAAUGUUAUGUUGUAAUUACUGUAUUUACGAAUUUAGCACCAAAAUAUCACGAUAUAUUGAAAACAUUGACAACAAAAGUGGCUUGGAUUAUCCAGAGGCUUGGAUAAGCGAGGCUUGGAUAAGUGAGACUCUACUGUACAUCAUAGAAUCAUAAGAAUUUGCUCAGAGUGGAACUUUACGUUCCCAUCAAAGGAUUCACACUGGGGAGAAACCGUAGAAAUGCAUGGAGUGUGGACAGAGCUUUUCUUGGAAUAAGGUUAUACAUGGACAUCAUAGAAUUCAACCUGGAGAGAAUGGUGUUAAUUGACACAAGAGUGUCAUUCUAACAUGUACAAAAGCAACUCUUGCACAUUUUGGAAAUUCAAGCUCAAAGUUGGAACAUUUCAUCACAUGUGGUGUAUUGUAGAAAGAUUGAACUAAAAUAUGUUCCAUUCUGGAAGUAAACAAGGUUACGUGAAACUAGAGUUUUAUAUGCUGAGAAUGUUGGAUGAUCAAUUAGAAUGAAAGCACGAGUAGUUACUGCGAGAUACUAAAGUAAGAAUUGACAGGGAUGGAAGGAAUGUUUUAUUCCAAAGCAAAAACAAUGGCUUAUGAAGACCUGCAAAUUAGCCACAACGAACAAACUGACAAUAACAUGGGCAAAUGUCAGUUGUAAUAGGUAUUAAUUGGAAGUGUGUUAUCACAAAUAGAAGUGUUGUUAUAUUAUAUUAUCGAAAGGGAGUAGAAUAAUGAGAGAUAAAAAUUAACAGAUAGAAUGAGGCUUUUAGGCACGUAUCCCUGUCUGUUUGUUAGUUCAGUUGUGUGUCUAUGUAGGUCACUGUUUUGCUAGUGUGUUAGUUUCUGAUUUAGUUUUGUAUCUCAUGUAGUAGUUAGUUUCAUGUUCAGUUGAAGCAUUAUAAAUUAUUUCUGCCUUCCUUGUAUUGUUACUUUUAAUUUUUUAUUUUUUAUUUUCAAAAAAUAGGGUGAUUUAUAAGGGUCAAAAUGGCUGAAACUGGAGAGGUGGGUAGAAAUGACUGACUUAUCGAUUUUCUGUAUUUGAAAACAAAUUGUAAUGCUUAGAACCGCUAUUAUGAAUUGUGAUGCAUGUUAACUAUAUAACUAUAUACAAUUGAUUAUAGACAUAUAAUUGACACUGAAUCAGACAUGUAUACAAUAAAUUAGUCUUGAUGUA